GAAAUGUAAUGUUGGAAAUAAACAACAGUUCCGGAAUAAGGAAUAACCCACCCUUUUUCAGAGGAAAAAGUCACUGCAAAAAUGAUUUUGCUUGAAUUUCAUAAUAGAAUUGUUGAAGAAACACUGACUUUAAGAUUUAGAAAUGCAAAAGAAGGGAUCAAACCUGAAUCCAUUGACGUCACUGUUGCAGAUUUUGAUGGAGUUUUAUACCAUAUAUCAAACCCAGAAAAUGACAAAACCAAAAUAAUAGUCAGUAUUUCACUGAAAUUUUACAAGGACUUAGAAGAGCAUGGUGCUGAGGAUUUAAUCAAAAGAGAAUAUGGUGACUUUAUGACUACUGCAGAAGAUGGUUACAGUGUUUCGCUUCAGUACAAUUUAGAUAGCAUUCCUGAUGAUUUUGAAGACAUUGUUAAGAAAGCAGCUUUACUGAAAAGGAACUGUUUUGCAUCAGUGUUUGAGAAAUAUUUUGAGUUUCAGGAAAAGGGAGUUACUGGUACCAAAAGAGCUGUCAUACAGUACAGAGAUGAUGAAACUAUGUAUGUUGAAGCACAGAAAGACAGAGUGACAGUUAUAUUCAGUACAGUGUUUAAAGAUGAUGAUGAUAUUGUGAUAGGAAAAUUAUUUAUGCAGGAAUUUAAAGAAGGAAGAAGAAAUUACCAACAAGCACCACAAGUAUUGUUUAGUCACAAAGAACCUCCAAUGGAAUUAAAAGGAACGGAUGCUCGUGGUGGGGAUAAUGUAGGAUAUAUUACUUUUGUUUUGUUUCCUCGUCACACUGGUGCAGCAGUACGUGAUAACACGAUCAACUUAAUCCACACACUCAGGGAUUAUUUACAUUAUCAUAUAAAGUGUUCUAAGGCCUAUAUCCAUUCGAGAAUGAGAGCAAAGACUUCAGAUUUUCUAAAAGUACUGAACAGAGCUCGACCAGAUCAACAGAAAGAAAAGAAAACAAUCACUGGCAAGACUUUCAAGAUGAAUUGAUGAACAGUUUGUUUUAACUUGUAUUUUGGUGCAAAAUUACAGAAGUGGCUUUACAUCAUAAAUCUAACAGUAUGAAGAAGAUGUGGGAUAGAAACAAUUGGCUGGACCAAUGUUUUUUUUUUAAUUGUAUGCUAAUGUAUAUAAUUCAUUUAAUUAGCAAAAACUGUUGAAACAUUUGGUAUCGAAUAUCUUUUCUUGCAAAAUGAAUUCUAUGGAUAAAUAUAUUGUACAGUAAACACCAGUUAUGGACAGAAUUUCGAUUUUAAUCCUUUUUAUCUCUCUGUUUCAUUGUACACAUACAUAUUUUCUGGAACAAUUUUUUCAUAAUUUUACCUCUGUUUUAUGAUUUAAUAUAUUUAAACACAUACCGGGUUUGGGAUUUUCUCGCUGUGUUGAAGACCCAUUGGGGGCCUUCGGCUGUUUUUUGCUCUUUGGUCGGGUUGUUGUCUCUUUGACACAUUCCCCAUUUCCAUUCUCAAUUUUAAUUAAAUUGAUAAUUUAAUGGGGUUGGCAGUGUUUGAAUAUUUGGACAUUACUUUUGUAUUCUGUCUCAUGUUAAAUUUUUAGUUAUGCCUGCAAUUAAGGGUGGUGACCCAAGUUAUAAUAAUGUAAUAUUUACCGAUUUUUUUUCUUUACCAGUUGUAGAUAGAUGAAAGAUAAUGGGGUUACAAUUUAGGGAAAGCAUUUGUUUUAUAGUCAUAUUUGAUGAUGUUAAUGUUGAAAAGAUAUAUUUCAACAUUUGUUAUAGUGCCAGAACAAAUACCACGUACACUUUGCUGUAUAAAUAUUUAUAAAUAAAAUUAUUAAUAAUUA